AUGGGGAUAUUCAGCAAAAGAGGAGCAUCUGGAUUCUCUGCCUCUUCCACAGCAGAGCAAGUUACUCAAGGAGUUGAUGGAACUGGUCUUACUGCCAUUGUUACAGGAGCCUCAAGUGGUAUUGGUGUAGAGACAGCGCGUGUUCUUGCAUUGCGUGGUGUUCAUGUAGUAAUGGCAGUAAGGAACAUGAAUGCUGGUACCGAUGUCAGAGAAGAAAUCCUUAAAGAAAACUCCAAUGCUAAGAUUGAUGUCAUGGAGUUAGAUCUCAGCUCAAUGGCAUCUGUAAGAAAGUUUGCAGCAGAGUACAAUUCCAAAGGCCUUCCCUUGAAUAUCCUUAUUAACAAUGCAGGGGUUAUGGCAACUCCAUUCAAGUUUUCUCAAGACAACAUAGAACUUCAGUUUGCUACAAACCAUUUAGGUCAUUUUCUUCUCACAAAUCGUUUACUAGAAACUAUGAAACGCACAUCACGAGAGAGCAGCACAGAAGGAAGAAUUGUUAAUGUAGCAUCAUUAGGCCAUAAAUUUGGGUAUCGUGAAGGAAUUCGUUUUGAUGACAUUAAUAAUGAAUCAAGACACAACAAAUAUCGCGCAUAUAACCAGUCCAAGCUUGCUAACAUAUUACAUGCUAAUGAGCUUGCAAGGCGUCUAAAGAUUAAACAGGAAGAAGGUGUGGAGAUAACUGCUAAUUCUCUUCAUCCUGGAGAAAUUUGCACAAAUCUUGUACGCAGUAUUCAUAGCUGUUUCCAGUGUAAGCUUCAUCUGACGCUGUCGCUGCUGGGUAUAUUCAUAAUCUUAUUGAAAUGGAUCAUGCAGGGGGCAGCGACAACAUGCUUUGUGUCUCUUCAUCCACAAGUAAAGGGUGUAACUGGGGAAUACUUUUCUGGGUGCAACAUAAUCGAACCGAGCUCUCAGGCCAAAGAUGAAGAUAUGGCCAAGAAACUCUGGGAGUUUAGCUUGAGCUUGACUGAUCGAAAGUACUAUUAAAAGGUUUUAGUGUGUUCAAUGGUUCAUCAUCACAUUAUGUACUGUACGUGACAAUAUUCAUUUCUCA